AUGCCUAGCCACGCCAUGCUCCUGAAGGACAUCUUACCAAAUAAACAUAAGUGUGAGGAACAUGAGACUGUGAUGUUGAUUGAAGAAUGCAGUGCGAGAAUUCAGAAAAUGCUCCCAUCGAAAUUGAAAGAUGUAGGGAGUUUCAUUGUCUCUUGCACUAUUGAUGAAGACUAUUUUGAUAACGCUUUAUGUGACCUUGGUGCAAGUAUUAAUUUAUUGUCUCGGUUUGUUUUCAGAAAACUUGGAUUGGGAGAGGCCAAGGUGACUACUGUGAUGCUACAAUUAACUAAUAGGUCUUUAACACGUCAGAGAGGAAUAAUAGAAGUUGUGCUAAUCAAAGUGGAUAAAUUCAUAUUCCCUGCUGAUUUUCUCAUUUUGGAUAUGGAAGAAGAUAAGGAUAUUCCAUUGACAUUGGGCAAACCAUUCUUGGCCACCGGCAGAACUUUAAUUGAUGUUCAGAAAGGGCAGUUGAUUCUGAGGCUUGGAGAAGAGGAGAUAUCUUUUAAUGUCUUGAAAGCUAUGAAGUUACCAACAGAGUCAAAUAGCUAUUUCCAAAUUGACAUAAUUGAAAAUGUGGUUCAAGACACAUUCCUACUUCACAAUCAAUCUUAUGCUUACGAGUCUGGCAUUGUACACCCUUAA